UCAUACAGACAGAUCUGCCAAGAACAUGUCAUCCAAACUGAGGUCUGAAAGUUUAAAUUACCAGAAAAUGGUGCAUUCAUUGUGUCUCGUAUUUUUUAUCUGCAUCUGGUUUCCUCUUAAAACAGCGUGUAACCAAGAUAAGACUACUGAAGAAGAAAAUAUUGUUCCAUUACUUAAAGAUUUCAAAAUCAUCCUUUCUCCUGGACUCAUCAAUAUUACCUGGAACUGUAAUAUAACAAAGUCCAUGGAGGCAUAUUAUUAUAAGGUCAAUCUUCAGAAAGGACAUCGUGUAACGCUGAACGUGUCCACCUAUACAUAUAUAUACAAGAUUCCUGAAAAAAUUGAAUUCACAAUACACAAAGGGUUGAGUGCCCAACUUUUAGUAUUCAAGUCUAAGAACAUUGUAUAUCGUGGUGAAACGAUAAUAUAUAUGCCUGAAGGUAAGAAUAAUUCGGCUGCUGAAAAUUUUGCCUGCAUGAUAUACAAUGUUUACAUCAUGAACUGCUCCUGGACUGUGGGCAAAGAAGCCCCUGAAGAUACUCAAUAUUCUUUGGUUCUCAGGCAGGAGAAUGUGUUCAUCAAGUGCCAAGACUACAGAACCGAUUCCUUUGGAAGACAAGUAGGAUGUGUGUUAAACCGUCCAAAUAUUACUUUCAAAUUUAAAGUUUACGUAGAAGUGUUGGGAUUAAGCAACCAAACUUCAAUUCAGUUCUUCGAUCACCUAUAUGAGCCAAUUCAUGAUGUCAUUUUAGAUCCUCCAAGAAACAUAACGCUAACAUAUAAUUCAGAUGAACUUGAAAUUAAAUGGCAGAAGCCAGAGACGCAUGACAAAAUUGAAGAAACCUGCUUCAUGUACAGUAUUAGAAUCAAACACAAAGGGGGAAUUGACAUUGAGGAGACUAAUGAAUAUGUCUAUAAAACUGCUAAAUUCCAUCAGAAUGAAAAACUUAGUGUAACCAUGGGGGCAAAAUGGCAAGAUUGCUCAAAUUAUCAGGAGUGGAGUACAUGGAGCGAACCACAUACAAUUGGAUACGAUUCUGCGGAGUUAACACUUUAUCACAUUUUGACUGUACUAGGAGUAGGCACAGCUAUUAUUCUUAUUUUAAUUUUAUUUCUAUGCUACAGGUUCAGAAUAUGGAAGAAACUGUUUCCACAAGUUCCUAGGCCCUCAUUAAAAUUAUUUUACCAAGUCGAACAAAAAGAAAAAUCCGAGCAAAGCAAGUCUGUAGUUGAAAUUCCAUUCAUGAAAAAAGAUGAAGAUGAAUUCAUAUGUUCUUAUGUUACUGAAAUUCCAGAAAAUCUCUAAACCUAAAAGGUUUAUUCCUAUCAAGACAUUUAUGACACAUUCAUAGGAUAUACUAUAAACGUCCAGUAGAUGCCUGUCCCACCUCUGGACCCUACUCCUACCUCAAGAAAUGGACCCCGUCAUGUGCUGCAGUGGAUAAAGAGAAGGCCGCGCAUGCACUGUUCACUCCAUUGACUGCUAUGAGACUUCUGAGAGCCAUGCAUGUGUGGCCUUCUCUUCAUUCACUGCAGU